UCUUCUUUGUUUAUUUACUACUACUCUUUUUAUGCUUCCUGGAAUGGCUUUGUUAAGAAUAUCCCCCACAUAGUACCAGAACCCACAUAUAUAAAAUCAACAAACGUAAAUAUUCCUUACACAAAGUUGUUCUUUGCCCUUGGCAGAUUUAUUUGUCAAUUCGUUGCAAAUGAUCGCUUUUUGGAGUCUUUUUCUAUUCUUUUCGGUCUCUUUGGCCAAUUCCUUCGAUUUCGCUUGGAAGUCAUGUCCCAAUUUCAAAGACUUUUCUACUAGAAAACACUUUCCCCUUGCCGGUUCCCUAAAGCUUCCUUUCCAGCGUCCUGUACAAGCCUGCCGCACAUUUCAUUCCAAGGAAGUUGAACAAACCAUCGACGAUGUAAAGAGUCGUCUUGCUGAUGAGGAUCUCGCUCGUCUCUUUGAAAAUUGCAUGCCAAACACCCUGGACACCACCAUUCGUUGGCAUGAAGACCAUCCAGAUCACCCACAAACAUUAGUCAUUACCGGUGACAUUCCUGCUGAAUGGAUCCGUGAUUCCGCAAAUCAACUUGCCCCUUACCUUCCACUCGUAAAGUCCGACCGUCCUCUUUCCAGCCUUAUAUUGGGUGCCAUUCAAACACAAGCUGAAAUGCUCAUCCAGUUUCCCUACUGUAAUGCCUUUCAGCCUCCCAAACAAAGUCAUAUCGGUGGAAACGACAAUGGUCAAAGCGACCGCGUCACUCCAGCAUACGAUCCCCAGGUGGUGUUUGAAUGUAAGUACGAACUUGAUUCCCUUGCUGCAUUCCUUAAACUUUCUUAUAAUUAUUGGUUCUAUAGCAAGGACUCUUCUAUCUUCUCACCGAAAUGGGUCUCUACCGUACAGGUAAUUUUCCGGGUGUUGGAAGAACAAUCCACCUCUACCUUUGAUCCAGAUACCGGAUUUCCCAAAAAUCCCGUCUACACAUUCCUUCGUCAAACUGAUUCCGGAACCGAAACUCUUGGUCUUUCUGGCCGCGGUUUUCCUCUCAACAAAAAUUCUUCUCUCAUUCGAACUGCUUUUCGUCCUUCAGAUGAUACAAGCAUCCUUCAAUAUCUUAUACCUGCGAACGCCAUGAUGGUUGUGGAGCUUUCCCAUCUUCACGAGAUGCUGCAAGUUGCUGGCCACGCCGAUUUAGCGAAAAUUGCCAUGUCUUGGGCAAACAAAAUCUCAAACGGAAUCCGCGAACAUGGUAUUGUUGAUCAUCCCAAAUUUGGAAAAGUAUAUGCUUACGAAGUUGAUGGUUACGGAAGUGCUAUUUUCAUGGAUGAUGCCAACAUCCCUUCUUUACUUUCUUUGCCUUAUCUCGGUUAUGUCGAGCGCGACGAUCCCAUUUACUUGAAUACAAGGAAGAUGGUCUUGAGUCCAGAGGGUAAUCCAUAUUACCUAAAAGGUACUGUCAUUGCCGGCAUCGGCGGUCCCCAUAUUGGUUUACGCAACGUCUGGCCUAUGAGCCUUAUUGUCCAAGCUCUCACAUCUGAUGACGAUAAUGAAAUUCUCUCUUUAUUACAAACAAUUAAGCGUUCUACUAAUAACCUUGGUUUAAUGCACGAGUCUGUCGAUGUCACUUCUUUUGCGCGUUAUACAAGAUCCUGGUUUUCUUGGGCAAAUUCUCUAUACUCUGAACUUAUUAUAGAUUUACUAGAGAGAAAGCCUCAUUUACUGGAGAAAAAACACUAAUUAAUGAACAAAACUCGUAUACAUGUUUUUUUUUACCAUGCUUAAUCUAAAGGUAGUUUGCUAUGAAGAUAAUUGAUUUACGUUUAUUUUUUACAAAGACAACAAUAAUGAUCAUACUGAGUUCUUUUCAUUUUAUUUUUUUUGAUACUUUAGUUCCUCAGAUUGAUUGAAAGCGAUGUGUCUGUAGUUAAUGACACAGAACUAUCCUCUUCUCCAUUACAAUUAAAUGGAAGAAAACAAGUGAAUUAGUUAAA